AUGAUUUUGCUUGCUUCCCUUUUCGUGCGUAGCUGUAGACGAACUUAUACUCUAUCAGAAGAACGGGUGGCUGACCUGCAUGGAGGAAGGCGGAAAGCGCCGAUGUUUCCUCAGAACGUUCAGCUGCGGUUGUACCGAAAAUACACGGACGUUUGUCAGGUGGCUGGAAAAUCACUGAAAUGUGGAUGUCUCCAAAGCCUGCCCAAAGAAGGAGGUGAACUUCAAAAGGUCCCUACUCAGCAGCAACUGCCGUCUGACUCCAUUGCGGUAGAACUCGAUCUGAAAGAAAAAUUUCUAAACAGCAGUACCAACAGGCUACAACCCGACCGUUCGCCGAGUGCCAUGAGUAACAGUCUCAGUCGUGACUUCGCUUUUGCCAUCGCCAAGGACAAGAUCCUCCGCAAUUCGGUGCUCUUUUCACAGAGUGGAUUGUCCGGCGAAGAUUGCGACAAUGACUUGUUGUCAUUUCUCGGCGACUCCGACCUCAAAAUCAUAUCGGUAGAAAGAACUCACGUGUGA